AUGUCUCAUCCAGUAGGAGCGGAACAUGGGAAGCGUGCACGCGAUGAACAGAUCGAGUCUGUUGGGGCUGCACCUCCUCAGACCCAGGCAACUUCGACCAAGUCAAAACAAGAUGAUGCCCUAGAGCUUGUCGUGGAAGCGAGGCAUUCCACUAUUCUGACCCCUGAGAAUAAUGCCCGUGUACUUCGAAAGAUUGAUAUGAGGUUGCUGCCUAUCCUCUUAGGAAUAUACUUCCUACAGCAACUUGACAAAUCCACUCUCUCGUACGCGUCCGUCUUCGGUCUCGUUGAGAAAGCCCAUCUUCAUGGACAGAUGUAUUCCUGGCUCGGGGCCGUUGUUUAUCUGGUCCAACUUGUCGCCCAGCCUUUUGUGGCCUAUAUCCUCGUCAAAGUGCCGUUGGGAAAGUUCUUGGCAGUCACAACCUUCCUCUGGGGGUUGUCCUUGACGUGCAUGACCCCGGUGAAUGAUUUCGCAGGCUUACUGGUCUGCCGGAUGUUCUUGGGUCUUUUUGAAGCAGGUGUCCCUCCUGCUUUCAUUGCCAUCACCCAGAUGUGGUAUCGACGUAUUGAACAGCCCGUUAGACUUGGCUCAUGGUAUGCCAUGAAUGGCGUGGUCUACAUGUUCGGAAGUCUGAUAACCUAUGGUCUCGGACAUAUUCACUCUUCAGUUUUCGAACCGUAUCAAAUCAUCUUCUUAUUCUUCGGUCUCCUGACAAUUGCGUUCUCGGUGGUAAUAUUCUACUUCAUGCCCGACUCUCCAGUUCAAUCAAAAUUUCUGGGAGAGCAGGACAAGCUAUUGACUAUUGAGCGACUCCGCAUGAACCAACAAGGUCUCGAAACCCACUUGUGGAAGUGGGAGCAUGUCAAGGAGGCUUGCCUUGACCUUAAAUCUUACUUCUGGUUUGCGUUCACCUUCUCAAUCUCGAUACCUAGCGGUGGUAUCUCGACCUUUGGUCCCCUGAUCAUUGAGGCUUUCGGUUUCAAUCAAUUUCAGACUAUCCUAUUCAACAUUCCGUUUGGUGCAGUUCAACUCGUCUCGACCAUGGGUGGAGCCUAUCUUGCCACGCUACUUAAGCUAAAGGGACCGGUGAUUGCUCUCCUUUGCUUGCCUGCAAUCGCGGGCUGCGUAAUGCUGCUGGUUAUUCCGCACGAUGGCCACCACAACGGAGCUUUGCUUGCAGGAUAUUACAUCGUGUCUGUCUAUCCCGGAAUCACCCCCUUGAUCUAUACUUGGUCAGCAGCAAAUACUGCGGGUGAGACGAAGAAGAAAGUUGUGAAUGGAAUAGUUCUUGUGGGACAAUGCGCCGGUAACGUUCUUGGCUCCAACCUGUACACCACCACAGACGCGCCACUAUACAGACGUGGCUUACGGUCUAAUCUCGCAAUGUUCUGCGUUCUGGUUUUGCUAUGCAUGUUGAAUACGGCAUAUCUAGCCUUUCUUAACAAGAAACACGAGAAGAGGCGAGUCUUCAUGGGCAAAAGCGCUAAAAUCGUCAAUCACUCAAUGCAGGCCGUAGGGUCUGUUGAGGGCGACAAAAUAGAGGGACCCGUGCAGAUUGCAGUGGCCGAAGACAAUGCGUUCAAGGACCUCACAGAUUGGGCAAAUGAGGAUUUUGUGUACGUCUAUUAG